GCUUUAAAAGACCAAAUUCAGUCCAAUCUCUACAUCCAACAAAAAUUUGUAUAGAGAUAGAUUGCUGGACAAGACGCAGAUCUUCUUAAAAGUCUCAAGUAACACAAAGAAACAAAGUAACAGUCCCCCCCUAAAAGAUCAUGUCCGACGGUAUCGCGCGUAGCCGUCUUGCGGAGGAACGAAAAGCUUGGCGCAAAAAUCAUCCCCAUGGUUUUGUGGCUAAGCCUAUGUCAGCGCCAGAUGGGUCUGUUAAUUUGUUGGUUUGGCAUUGUGUUAUUCCCGGCAAAAUAGGGACUGAUUGGGAAGGUGGCUACUUUCCUCUUACUAUCAACUUCAGUGAGGACUACCCUAGCAAACCCCCUAUAUGCAAGUUUCCAAAUGGUUUCUUCCACCCUAAUGUUUAUCCUUCAGGAAAUGUGUGCUUAUCUAUCCUCAGCGAGCGCCAUGGGUGGAGACCCUCAAUUACAGUGACGCAAAUCCUUGUGGGCAUUCAAGAUUUGCUUGAUCAACCUAAUGCUAGCGACUAUGCACAAACAGAGGGAUAUCGGGUUUAUGUAUCUAACCCAGAUUUGUACCGGAAAAGAGUUCAACAGCAAGUCCUGCAAUAUCCACCGUCUCUCUAGUUACAUGCUAGAUCUGAUUGAACUGUUAUAACUCAUAUUGCUUUUUCGACUUCACUUUUGUUACCUAUAAUUUUAUCGACAAUCCAGGCUAUGACUAAUUUACAGACAGUGUGAUGUAUGCAUUACAUUAUUGAAAUUAGAUCCAUGCUUUUCUACCUAACAAAUCCAAGCUGAAAAUGUCUUCCAUAUUUUAAAUGGCAAUUAAUGUUUGCUUUUAUAAUAAGCAAAUGCCCCUCGACUUUGAUCCUGAGCCACACCUUUUCAGCCUUUGUAUUUGAUCUAACAGGAGCUUGCUGCACCCAAUGUUGAGAAUGACAAGUGUCUAAUAAGAGAUUCAUCCACUUUUUUUAUUGUUUAUUUGUUUAUAUUUAUGGAUUAGUGUCUAAUAAGAAAAAAGGCACGGUAGAAGCAAGGAAGGAAAUAUAAAGAGGCAAUAAGUAGAAUUGAGCUGAUGCAAAUUUUGCUUGAUUUAUGUAUUGAUGUCUUUUUUUUGAUGGGUCAGAAAAGGAAUUCAAUAUAUUAUAAGAGUGUCCCAUGAAUCAAGUUAAUCAUAAAGAUAGUCGGUACCUUAAUCCUAGUCCUAUCAUUCAAGUCAACCCCGGUACGUUUCCUUCAAUUCAUGUCCGUGGCAAAUAUUAUGCUUAUAGAUAUGUAUCCCAAGUCAAACACAGUAAUUUUUAUUUUAGUAUUUUGAUCUAAAAAUUCUGUAGCACGAUUCUUUUUACUAUGACAAUUCCAACAUAAAAUUCAUUGACCAUGGUCUUACAUUUCAAGUUCUAGAAGAAAGCAGUAAAACGUGCAGCGUUCCAAAUUUUAAUCUAAAGUUACUUUGCUUUGUUUGUCUAAAUACAUAAAAUAUUCAGCAGCCAAAUAUUGCUGGCUUAGACUUAAUUUUCAAACAAUGAUAGUGUGAAUGGUGUGUUUUGACAUUCUCCACCAAGCAACCUUUGAUGUGAAUAACUUUUUUAUGUGCAGGCUUUUCUCAACUUGUUGAUAUUAUUAUCUAUUAGAGGAUUCCAUGACUUGGUGUGAAGGACCGUAAUUGAUGUGCAAUCCUUCACACCAAGUUUUUGUUCGAUUACCAACCAUUUAUAUACAUCAUAAUAUUAAAACUGCAUGAAAUUUUAUCUAACACUAAUUUUGUUAGGAUUUGGGAAUUUUGCGAUUGGGAGCAUCAAGUUAGAAGCAUUUCCAACGAUCGCAUUGGGAAGCAUCUAAUCUAGAAAAUUGACCCCUACACCAACAAAAACUUGACGCGACUGUCGACACUUGUUUUUGUUGCUGAAUCCAAUCCAUUGACAAAUAUAUAUUCAACAUCCCCCCACCCUUUUUUUUUAAGCAUAUUGAACGGUGACUAAGAUUUGGCAUUUGGCAUCUCACCUUUUUGUCUUUUCUAUUACAGGGUCUUUCUUUGUUUUCUUCCUUCCCUUCUUCUAUCUUUGUUCUUCUUUUGACUUUUCUCCUGGUGGUCUUGAUUUUGAUAAUUCAACUGUUAAACGAUAGCGUACGUUAGGUUUUUUUGUCUAAACCAAAAGGCAAAACCGUUUCGAAAGGAUCAAGUGUUAUUUGAUUCUAUACAGUGUAAAUUACAUAUAGUUGAGAAGGCAAUAUACAUGGCAAAAGCCCAAUUGUCAGUCAA